AUGAUCGAAGCAGAUGAUUCUGAUGAAGAGCAAUAUGAAAAUGAAGAGCAAUUUGAAAGUCAGUAUGAAGUGGCGGAUCAAACGGUACAAGAAAAGAAAAAUGAAGAUUUUAAAGAACUUAAAAAAGAUAUAAUAUGGGAACAAGAAGAUAAAAUUAUGGACGGGCAAAAAACAUAUUAUAAAUCAGUUACAGUUGGUAACGAAAAAAUUAAUAUAAAUGAUUAUGUUUUGCUGGAGCUCAGAGAUCCGACAAUUCCUCUACAAAUUUAUAAAGUUGUAUUUAUGUGGGAAACCAAGUAUGGAGAAAAACGAUUUCACGGAAAUCGUUUUUUCAGAGGUACCGAUACCAUACUCGGUGACACUUCAAAUAAUCCAAUAGAAUUAUUCCUGAGCGACCAAUGUCGCGAAGCAUCAUUCAAAUCGAUUAGAUCAAAGGCAACUGUUAUUUAUAAGAAAGCACCUGAGAAUUGGUCUGAACUAGGUAAUACGGAUAUAGAUAACGAUAUAAAAGACAUAGAUGGUAAAACGUUCUUUUAUCAAUUGAAAUAUGAUCCUACAAGUGCUCGAUUUGAGGAUCCACCACCUGAUCCAGAAUGUCCGGAAAAAAUUAGUCAUCGAUUCUGUCCCUGUUGCAUCCGAUUGGAUCUAUUGAAGCAACAAGAUAUACCUAAGGUUUACAACCGAAUAGAAGAAAAAAGCAGUAAAGAAGUGAUUUACGAGUUAGUAAAAUACAAAGAUGAAGAAUAUAAAGUUGGUAGUGCAGUGUUCUUGUAUCCGCAGGCUUUUCAAUUUCAACACAAACGAACAUAUGAAGAAUCUAAAAAUUCUUCAAGAAAAUGUGUAGAUGAAGAUAUAUAUCCGGAAUUUUAUCGAAAAGCAGACGAUAAAACCACAUUCUCAAAUGUUGAUACACCUGAACCUUUUCAUAUCGGUUACAUUAACGCAAUAUAUGCCACGACAAAUGAUGUAUCAGUGCCAGCGUCAAACAUUUUUAUUAAAGUGAACAAAAUGUAUAGGCCGGAAAAUACUCACCGAGAUUUAGCGUUAAUGGAGCAAUCAGAUAUUAAUAUGGUCUAUUGGAGCAAUGAGAUAUGCAUCGUAAAUUUCUCCUUAGUCGCCGGUAAAUGCUACCUUGCAUACUUUAAAAAUAUGAACGAGUCUAUUGAAGAAUGGUCUAUGGGUGGUCCAAACAGAUUCUAUUUUACCGAAGCGUACAAUCCUAAAGAAAAAACAUUCGACGAGCCACCGUACAACAUUAUUAAUACAAGUAAAUCUGGAAAAGGAAAGGGAAAGGGUAAAUCUGUAGCAAAGAAGGUGAAAGGUGCUGAAAAAAAACAGAUUAUUGAAACAGCCGUAGACUAUACUGCUAUACCAAGAAAAUUAAGAACGUUGGAUAUGUUUGCUGGUUGUGGAGGAUUAUCUGAAGGAAUGCAUCAAGCGGAUGUAGCCAAAAGUUUGUGGGCAAUUGAGAAAGAUAACUCCGCGGCAAAUGCAUAUCGCUUAAAUAAUCCGAAGACUACGGUGUUUUCGGAGGAUUGCAACAAGCUGUUAGAAAAAGUGAUAAAUGGCGAAAAUGUAGAUGAUAAUGGCCAGAAACUUCCCCAAAAAGGAGACGUUGAACUCUUGUGUGGUGGACCACCAUGUCAGGGGUUCAGUGGCAUGAAUCGUUUUAAUUCACGACAAUACUCACUAUUUAAAAAUUCUCUUAUCGUUACGACUUUAUCUUACUGCGAUUACUAUAGACCGAAAUACUUUGUGAUGGAAAACGUGCGAAAUUUUGUAUUCUGUAAAAAGAAUAUGGUGCUAAAAUUAACCAUAAGAUGCCUUAUUCGUAUGGGUUAUCAGUGUUCCUUUGGUAUUGUCCAAGCUGGAAGUUAUGGAGUGCCGCAAACGAGAAGAAGAAUGAUUCUCAUAGCCGCUGCACCUGGAGAGAUACUUCCAAAGUUUCCAGAACCAACGCAUGUGUUCAGUAAACGCUGUUGCUCGUUGACUAUAAUGAUAGAUAAUAAAAAGUAUAAUAUCAACUAUGCUUGGAAGGAGUCUGCUCCAUACAGAACAAUCACUGUAAAAGAUGCCUUAUAUGAUUUACCAGAAAUUAAAUGUGGUUCGAAUAUAGAAGAAAUGUCUUAUGUUGGUGAACCAAUAACAUAUUUUCAGAGGAAGAUGAGAGGUAAACCAUAUCAGUCGAUAUUGACAGAUCACAUAUGCAAAGAAAUGUCGCCGCUUGUAGAAGCGCGAAUGAGCCUUAUUCCAACUACAAGCGGUUCUGAUUGGCGUGAUCUGCCGAACAUUGUGGUGCGAUUGAGUGACGGUACCUUUUCCAAGAAAUUAGAAUAUACGCACGAUGACGAGAAAGCUGGGAGAAGCUCAACAAAUGCAUUUCGCGGAGUAUGCAGUUGCAGUACCGGCAAAUCACAACCAUGUGAUCCUACUGAUAAGCAAUUUAAUACUUUGAUUCCAUGGUGUUUGCCACAUACCUCGAGCCGACACAACAAUUGGAAGGGUCUGUACGGGAGAAUUGAAUGGAAGGGAUUUUUCAGUACGACUAUUACAAAUCCAGAGCCGAUGGGUAAAAUG